AUGCAACCCCAAAACCUCUGCCUCCAUAGAACCCUAAACCCUAAUCUCUUCCAUUUUCCGGGCAAGCUUAGUCACCCCCUUCUCAAACCCUCGCCGCAAAUUCACCGUUCCUCCGCCGUCCCUAAACGGCUAAUUAUUCGCUCACAGCACUCUAACCCAAUUCCCCCCCGCCAUAAUGACCGCCGGCGUCCGGACGUCCGUUCAUUCGCCGGCCGUAGCAAGGGCAAGCUCGGAGGCGAAUCCUCCGGCCGCAUCGAGGGCGGCGCCGACAUCCGCCGGGAGGCCAAGCGGAACGCCCGCCGGAGAAGCAGGAAACUGGCGGAAAGCCUCUUCUACCGCCUGAAGAACCCCCACAAGAACUACCCGGACAAUUUCUCCGAGGACGAGCUCCAGAUGAUCGGUCUCGGCUACGACCGGCUGGUCCGGUUCAUGGAUAGGGACGACCCGAACCUGAAGCACCCGCACGACUGGUACAAGUACGGCGAGUUCGGGCCCUACUCGUGGCGAGGUGUGGUCCUCGGCGACCCCAUCCGCGGGAGCUUCACCGACGAGCGCGUCACCAUGAUCGGCAGCGUCCGUGACCAAGAGGAGUGGGAGAAAAUCGAACAGCACGACAUGGCCGUCGAUUUUCAGAAAAGGCUCGACGCCAUGGAUAAGAACAAGAAAUCAAGGUACUUUUGGGUUUUCGUCAGGCACCCAAAAUGGAGGAUUUCAGAUCUGCCAUGGCAGCAGUGGACUCUGGUCUCCGAAGUGGCUCUAGAGGCAGGCGAUCAACGAUUGGACAAAUGGACUCUAAUGGGAAGGCUCGGGAAUAAAGCCCGAGCCCUAAUCACAAAAUGCGCGGCUUGGAUGAGGCCCGACAUUAUCUACGUGAAGCGGCCCGUUUAUCAGUGCAGGUUUGAGCCUCAGGAGGAUUUCUUCUCUGCCCUGGCCCCACUGCUCGACCCCGAAACUGAACACGACUACCCGUGUGAGCUUGAGGACGAGCAUGGGAAUGUGGAGAUUUGCACGUAUUUUGGCGGGCUCUGCAAGAUUGUUCGGGCCAGCCCAAAAUCGUUCGUGGACGAUGUGGUGAAUGCGUUCGAGAAGCUGAUGGACGAGAAAAAAUCGAAAUGCCUCGAGUUUUUGUUCACUAACCAUCCGGUUAUGCUUCUUCACCCGUACACUAAGGAAUGGAAGUUAAAGUUGGAAGAGAUGGAGUUGGGUUGUGAUGCACCCGACGAGUUUGAGUUUGAAGAUGGUGCAAAGGAGAUUCUUGAUUGGGUUGAGGAUGAUGGUAAUAAUAAUAAUGAUGAUGAAGAUGAAAUUGAUGAUGAUGAUGAUGGAGUGCCGGAUGAUGUCAUCGAUGACGUGGAAGGAAAAGGGGAUGAGUUGCUAGGUAUUCGAGAGGAUGAGGAAGAGUCGGGGCCCGAGCAAAAUGCGGAGUAUUGGGAUGAAGAGUUUAAGAAGGCGAUGAAGAGCAAUGAGGGUAUGGAGAAGCUUGUGGAGAGGAGUAUAAAGACGGCUAAUAAGUUUUAUGAGGGUCAAAUGGGGUUAAAUGAGGAGGAGAGUAAUAAAGGGAGGGAUUUGAAGGGAAAUGGGGAUGAAUUGGAGAUGAGAGGGAAAAGGGCGAAAGUGAGUCGAGAAGAAUGGAAGCUUUUGGGUUACGGGCCGUACAGGAGAAAGGUUAGCAAGAGUAAGAUACCACCAGGUUUGUUUUUGAAAGCGGCUGUUAGGCCGUUCACUUACAGGAAUCUGGUGAAGGAGAUUGUGCUGACGAGGCAUGCGAUUGUUGAAGGGGAGAUUGGUAUGAAGAAGAAGAAGUGA